AAUUGUUUAAUGGAUACAAAUACCGAAGAACCUGAAGAACCUGAAUAAAGUAAAUGAAUAUUGACUAUUUGAAGGGAAAAAGGUUUGUGUUUAGCCAGUUACAAAUCCAAUAUAGCCAACAACAAAUCCUAUACGAAUACCAUAAAAAAUAGAUAUUAGUGUAGUAAGGUAUUUAUGAAAAUUUAAGAUUGAUCAUGAAACCCCAAAAAAAUACUUUAAAUUAAAAACUCUUUAAAAUUUAUUGAUGUGGCUUUUUUGUAAGAAUCAAGUAAAUCCACUUUGGUUAACUGUGACUGUAAAUAUUAUAAUAAAAUAAAAUAGAAUAAACACUUAAUAAGAUGUGGGGUAAUAAUAAAUUUGAAUUUUGGAAUAGAUUUAUAAUAAUCAUAGUUUUUAUAAUAAUUUAGCAAAUAAGACAAGAUUGUAAAAUUUAAGGAAUUAGAUUAAGGGAAAGGAAAUUAUUGGCAAUCCUUAUUUUAUACAAGAUAUCAUGAAGAUCCAGUGUUUCAAACAUAAAAAUAAUAAAAAAUGAAUCUGUAGGGUAUGUAAUAAGAGGGAUAAAUAUACAAUUAAUAUAAGAAUUUCAUUUUAAAUAAAGAAUAAUUAAAGAAUAAUUUAUAUCCAAUAGAUGAAAAAAUAUAUCAUGAUUAUUUGAAAUUAGAUGGAGAAGGAUAGAUGAAUAGAGUGAAUAUUUUUGCAAUGGAUUGUGAAAUGGUUUAGACAGAAAAUAAAUUAGAAUUAGCAAGAGUUUCAAUAGUGGAUUAUAAUUAUUAAGUUGUACUUGAUAUAUUAGUAAAACCAUAAAAUAAAAUUUUAGAUUAUAAUACAAGGUAAUUUAAUAAAAUAAUUAAUAUAAUAGAUAUAGUGGUAUAACUGAAGAUAUGUUGAGUAAUGUAACAGUGACAUUGGCAGAGGCAUAAAAAAUGGUGAAAUCAAUAUUAGAUUAAGAUUCUAUUUUGAUAGGUCAUUCUUUAGAAAAUGAUUUGAAUGCAUUGUAAAUUAUGCAUCAUAAAUGUGUGGAUACAAGUGUUCUUUAUAUAACAGAAAGCAGCAGAAAAUUAUCAUUAAAAAACUUAGCCUAUAAAUAUUUAAAUUUAACUAUUUAAAAAGUAAAGAGUUUAAUUUUUUAAAUUAGGAUACACAUGAUUCGAAUGAAGAUGCUAAAAUUGCAUUGUCUCUUGCAAAACUUAGGAUAGAAAUAUUAGACAAUUUUUCAAGUUCUUUAUUUACAUAAUAAUGUGUUGCGGUUCCAGAUGUUCUGAUUUAACUCAAAAAAUUAGGAGGUAUACAUUUGGUGGAAUCAAAAUAAGAGGUAGAAUUUCUAUUAAAAUAUGAUGUUGGUUUUGAGGAUGUAGAACAUAUAAAUGAUGAGAAAAGUAUUUUAACUAUUAAAUAACUUAGAAAUGUAAAGAAUGGCUGAAUUACUUAGAUAAAGAAAUGCUAAUGCAGUCAAUCCUAAAUUGAUAUUUGCAUAAAUAUAGACUAAUUUCGAAGAGUUCGAUUCUUCUUUUUAGAACAUGUAUAAUUAGGCACCUUCAUAAACAAGUAAUUUAUUACAUUAAUUUUUAAGUAUUUAUACUGUCUAUUGGAGGGGAAUAACAAUAGUUUUUGUUAAUAACAAAAUGAUAAUUUCUAUUUUUCAUCU